AUGGAAAUUGUCACUUCUGUUGGUGGGAAGGUAGCUGAGAAGGCAGUUGACAAUGCGCUUGCAGCUGCUGGCGCUCAACUUGGUUAUAUGUUUCACUACAACGACAAAAUUGAAAAACUGAAAAAGCAAGUUGAAAAGCUGAGGGAUAGCAGAGACAUGGUGCAAAAGAAAAUCGAAACUGCUAAAAGAGAUGGGCAGAUCAUCUUUGUUAUUGUUCAAAAGUGGAUAGCUGAAGUUGAUGAUGUUCUAGAAAAAGCUGAAAAGUUUUUGAAAGAUGAAGACAAAGCCAAGAAGAGAUGCCUCAAAGGAUGGUGCAUUAAUCUCGAACAGCGUUGCCGAUUUAGUAAGGAGGCAAAAAAGCAUACUUUAGCGACUUAUGAUCAGCUUCAAGAACUGGGAAAGUUUGAAAGUGUGUCUUCUCCUACUCCUCCAUCCGGAAUUAUAUCUUCAUCUGAGGUAUUUAAUUCUGGCCCAUUCGAAUCUAGAAAUUCAAUUGAGAAGGAAGUUAUGAAGGUCCUAAUUGAUGCUAGCAAUGUCAACAAAAUUGGAAUAUGUGGGAUGGGGGGCAUCGGUAAAACCACACUAGUUAAAGAAAUCAGCCAACAUGUUAUAGAAGCCAAGCUAUUUGAUGUUGUAGUGAUGGCAGUUGUCUCUCAAACCCCAAGUAUUAUGAAGAUCCAAGGCGAAAUCGCUGACAUGUUAGGGUUAACAUCCCUUCCAACUCACUCUGAAUUAGCAAGAGCAAAAUUAUUGUGGGAGAGAAUCAAGAAAGAGAAGCGGGUCCUCAUAAUAUUAGACGACGUUUGGGCAAUAAUUAAAUUGGAUGACAUUGGUAUUCCUUUUGGGAAUGACCACAAAGGUUGUAAAAUAAUCACCUCUCGAAGUAGAGAUGUAUGUAAUGGAAUGGACUGCCAAAAGAUAUAUAUAGUUGAAACUUUAUCUAAACAAGAAUCUUGGGAACUUUUUAGCAAGAUUGCGGGCUCUAUUGUUGAAAAUUUUGACAUUAAUCCAAUUGCAAGAGAGGUAACUACUAAAUGUGGGGGAUUGCCACUUGCAAUUGUGACAAUAGCAGGAGCUUUAAAAGGUAAGGACAAGCAUGGGUGGAGACACGCUGCACGACAACUUAAAAUGUCUACCCCUUCAAGCAUUAUAGAAGUGGAGAGAAAUGUUUUUUCAUCUUUGGAACUAAGCUUCGAUUACCUUGAAAAGGAGACAAAAUCACUUUUUUUGUUUUGUAGCUUAUUUCCAGAGGAUUACCAAAUUUCUAUUGAAGAUUUGGUCAGAUCUUGGAUAGGUUUAAGAUGGUUUGAAGAUACUGAUGAGGCAAUUGAGGAUGUCAGAAACAGAGUUCAUUAUAUCGUAAGUACCAUAACCUCUUCUUUUCUCUUGAUUGAAGAAAGUGAAAAGUAUGUUAAAAUGCAUGAUGUUAUUCGUGAUUUUGCAAUAGUUGUAGCUCCUAGAUACAACCAUAAAUUCAUGAUAAAUGCUAGAAUUGGUCUAGAAGAGUGGCCAUCUAGGGAUACCUUUGAUUUUACAUGUAUCUCCUUGAUGGCAAAUUAUCUUGGCGAGCUACCUAAUGGGUUGGAAUACCUAAAUUUGCAGGCUUUGUUGUUGCAAGAAAAUGAAAGUUUGGUUGUACCUAGUAGUUUCUUUGAGAAAAUGACAAAUCUUAAAGUUUUAAACUUAGGACAAACAUAUAUUGAGACAUUGCCUGAUUCACUUUCAAUUCUCACAAAUCUUAGAACAUUAGAUGUUAGUUUUUCCAAGUUGGUUGACCUGUCAAUAAUUGGAAGGUUAAGUAAACUUGAAAUUCUUUCCCUUUCUAAUUCUAAACUUGUUAAAGAAAUCCCUUCAUCCUUUAGUCAAUUAACUAAUCUUAAAUUGUUAGAUUUGAAUUAUAUGAAUUUAGAAAAAAUACCUCACGGUGUUAUACCCUCUCUUCAAAAGUUAGAGGAGCUGUACAUUAAUCAUUUUGUUAAAUGGGAAUCUGAAAAUGGUAGCAAUGCCAAUCUUGUUGAAUUAGAAGCCUUGUCCCGAUUGACUAGCUUACAUAUUUUUAUUCCAAGUAAGCUUGAUUGGUCACCAAAUUUCUUGUCAUUCAAAAGACUAUCCAACUUUACCUUAGUAAUAGGUCAUAGUCCUGGAUCUCGAUUUUAUAAAUAUUUGAGUGAAGUGUUGUACUCAAGAAAUAUGAAGAUCACAGGGACUAACAUUUCAAUGAUAUAUGAUAAGCUUAGAAGUUUGUUCAAAAGAACUGAAAGUCUAACUUUAGAGAAUAUUGUUAAUUUAGAGAGUUUUAGUAAUGACCUAAUUGAAGAAGUGUUCAAUGAAUUGAAGUAUCUUCAGAUCAAAGAUUGUGAUAAGAUAAGGUAUCUCUUCAGUACAUUGGAAUGGACACCAAACUCAACUUUCCACAAUUUAGAGGAAUUGCAUAUUAGUGGUAAUUCCAACCUUGUUAAACUAUCUCAUGAACAACCUCUUGCUUAG